CAUUUCAUCGCGCGCUCUGUGCGCAGCACCUGUUUUAAUCCCGCAAGACUGGAAAUCCGAAGCACAGCACACAGAGAGUCGGCCGCGCACAGGUUACAGAUAUACACACCUCAUCCCACAUUUAUAGGAUAUACUGAAGUCAGGGAGUCGACGAAGUGGGAGAGCAGGAACACGAGUCAGGUUAUUCUUGUGCCUGCACCCAGCCGGAGAUGCCAGGACUUUACAGCCUUUUCGGCAUCAUGUAGGACAGGAUGAAGCCCUGCACACCCGUGUUGAUUAGGAGGAGUGAAGUGGACGGAGUGACAGAUGCUUCCUUGACCAACUCUUCAAAUGUUGAUGACCGAAGGAUGGAGAAACAGACCUUGGUGACAGCUAUCAGUUUGUCCAUGAGCCUGGCGUCACUGGUGCUUCUCAUCACCGCUAUCAUGACUGACCACUGGUACGAGACGGACACCACACGGCACAGGCAGAAUUGCGACCAGUUCGGUCCGGACGCCAACGAACACAAGAACCGGUUGAUGCCCAUCUAUCACCUGCCCCUGAUGGACAGCAGCAAUCCUCGGAGGAACCAGGCGCUGCUCCGGGCGAUCCACGUCGGGAGUAGAGAGGAGCUCCUGGAAAAUUGGAGGUCCAUUUUGGGAAUGGGAAUUUUAGAAACGGAAUGCGGGCGCCCCAUUUUCUCCACUUACUCUGGACUUUGGAGGAAAUGUUAUUAUCUAGGAAAGGACAAGGACAUAGACAACCUCAUAUCCAAGGGUAUAGCCCAGCGAUGCACCAUCAUCAAGUACCAUUUCUCCCAGCCCAUACGGCUCCGCAACAUCCCUCUCAACCUGACCCGCACCAUCCAGCAGGACGAGUGGCACCUCUUACACCUGCGGCGGAUCACAGCAGGGUUUCUAGGCAUGGCGGCAGCCGUUCUGUUGUGUGGCUGCAUCGUGGCGUCUGUCAGCUUCGCCUGGGAGAAGUCUCUCACUCAGCACGUCUCUGGGCUGCUCUUUCUCAUGGCAGGGAUCUUCAGCACCAUCUCCCUGUGUACCUACGCGGCCAACGUGUCCUACGACCUGGCCAGGGUCCCUCCCUUCAUCUACGGGCUGCCUGCUGACGUGGAGCAUGGCUACAGCUGGUCCAGCUUCUGUGCCUGGCUCAGUCUGGGGCUGACGGUGACGUCUGGAUGCCUGUGCACCACCUUCCCCAUCCUCAGCUGUAGCAGCAGCAAAGCCCAGCAGGGCAAGGGUGCCCCCAACGGCGGUGUCUGAUACACACCUUGCUGCGUUUGGUAUACACUUUGCUGUGUGUUACACACACACACUGAGCUGCAGCAAGGGCUUGUAGGAAGAAAGAGUCUAAUAUGUCGGUGUCCGACACACCCCUUUACUGCAUCUUUCACAUCAACAGCCUGCUGACCAAGCCCAUCCCCAGACAUCUGUCUCACAAUGCUGCAGCAGGCGCCUGGGACUAACAUUGACUCCUAUGUUUUCAGGGUGAAAACCCUUCUGAGUGCUUCUACUAGACCCUGCAUCUAAAUCUAGGUUACCUCCAUGGAGCAAUACAUCCUGGAAUUGUGGAAGUAUUGAACCAUCAAUGUUGGCUUCACCCCUGCAUUCAGGCUUUGUCUGGGGCCUUUAUGCAAUUAUGUCUGUGAUUCAGCCUACUGCUACAUUUCCAUAUUUCCUAUGUGUGAUCAGAAUUCAGUGUCAAAAAUGAUAGAAAGUUAUUUGAAAGGAAAAUAACUAUAGAAAAGAAGAUUGAAUUUCUAGAAAGAUGUGGCUCAACCCCCCCCCCCCCCCAUCAAUGGUUAUCAACCCCUGAUCCUCCCAGUGGAACCUAAUCGGAGUGUAUUUACCUUAGUCUCAGUGGAUGUAUUCUGUCAUCUAAUCGCAGACAGUGUAUAAUUGUUGGAUGUGAUUCGUGGUCUGAUUGGGUAAAUAGAGCUGCAGAAUUUCAGACUCCUGAGAAGUGAAACUCAAGAACUAUGCAUUAUUUCCUUCCACCAUUAACGAAGUAAUUGGAAAUAUAGAAUAAAAGUAGUAACACAUUUGGGUUUGCCAUUCUAUGAUAAUAAGCAUUUCUCUUCAUUUUGUGGUAGUACAGUACAUGUCGGUAAAAUUCUAACCAUGCCAAAUUGAUACAGUCAUGUUCUGUGUUUCACAGGUGGUAUUGUCUUUGAAGUGUGUGUGAAUGUCUCUUGAAUCCAGUGUAUCCAUCUCCUAAAAGUCUCACUCGGGCUCCACUAUGCAGGGGUUGAGUGUGUGUAUACAGUGAGGUCCACUGAGUGUGGUAGUAGGAGUCAGUAUCUUGACAUACUUGUGAAUAAGAGCGUCUAUAGCUCCCAGGCUCACUCUGUGGUAGCUUAGGGGCUGCAGUGAGGGGAAAAGGCUUGGGGUAUGGGAGGGGUCCACAUCCCCUCCUAAUCCCACCCCAGUCCCCUCUCCCUGGGUGUGUGAGGUUACUGGUCUGGGGGUCAUGCUUUUCUUCAGCAGGCAGGAGAGCUGGGGACUAAGCAGCAAAACCAGGGUCCCACCCACACGGAGAACUCUGAAAAAACAUGAUUAAUAUAAAUCAAUCAAUAAGCAAUUCCUUUCUCAACUUCUGCUGUAUCCUGAAUGUUUAUUUGAGCAAUUAUGAAAUUGGGAUACGUGAUACUACAGUUAGCUAAAUACAAUACCUUUCCAUCUCUCUCACAAUCACUGGAAGAGAGGCAGCCAUGUCAGUCUUGGUGCCAAACUUCUUCCCAAAAGGGACGUCACAGACAACGACAUCCACACUACAGGAAGGCAGUGGAAUCUCUUCACAGAAAGGAGGAAAACGAGGAGGAAUGAAUUAAAUCAGGAAAUCAUGCAGAAUAAUUUACUCCAUUGUGGGUAAACAAAUACCAUAAUACCUACAGUAUAUCAGGGACAACUGCUACAUGUAUUAAAACACCUAAUUUGAUCUACAGUACAUACGUCAGAAUUAACCACAUUUUUAUGAAGUCAUACAUGACAAAUGGUCAUAAACAGCAUACUUCACAAUAACUCAUGUGUAGUGGAUUGGCAUUCCUACCCUUGGAUGAUGCCUGCAGCAGCUGCACCCUAUCCCCAAACUUUGCAAACUCCACAUUCUGAUCAGCUUUCACCAACUGAGACUCAUCAAUGUCCAGACCCAGGAAAAAGGCAUCCUGUUUAGAGAAAAAAACACUAUGAAUUUCUGAAGAAAACAACAUAUUUAAGUGGAAUUAUACAAAUGUAAUGGAAUUAAAAAAGGUUCAGCAUGUUUACA